AUGCCGUCAAGUCCGAACGUUGCUGUGAUUGGUGCUGGUGCUGGCGGGUUGGCCCUGGCAAUAGCUUUGAAGAGGCGACUGGGCUAUGACAACUUUACUAUAUACGAGAAAGCGUCAGAAGUAGGCGGAACAUGGAGGGAUAACACUUACCCUGGAUGCGCAUCAGAUGUCGCCAUGCCUUUAUACUCCCUCUCUACCGACUUGCACGAUUGGACGCAUACACACGGCCUCCAACCCGCCAUUCACGCAUACUGGAUCGGCCUCGCCCGGAAGUACGAGCUCUACCCACACAUCGCCUUCAACCACGCAGUCAUCUCGGCAGAAUGGGAUUCCGCAGCGCAAGUGUACCGUAUACUUACUCGGAACACGAUCACAGGGGAAGUGAAGACGGUCACUGCGAAUAUCCUUAUUUCCGCGGUUGGGAUACUGGAGGUGCCGAAGUAUGCGAGCAUUCGGGGUGUGGGAGAGUUUAAAGGGGAGAUGUUCCAUUCCGCGAGAUGGAAUGAGACUGUCAAGUUGUCUGGGAAGAGGGUGGCUGUCAUUGGAAAUGGAGCUUCUGCUACACAAUUCGUACCAAUUAUCAGUCAAGAUCCUGCCGUACAAGUGAUACAAUUUUGCCGGACGCCUAAUUGGCUGAUGCCUUACCCCCGCACCGAAUAUUCACCGCUUCGAAGGUGGCUCACGCAGAAAAUUCCUUUCUUGAUGCGAUUUUGGCGUUGGAUGGUGUUCGUGGAGAUGGAGGCUUUAUAUAUGGCCGUGUUCCGGAUUGCGUUCUUGCGCAAACUCGUUAUGAAGUACUCUACGAACUACAUCAAGAAAAAUGCGCCUGCAAAGGAUGUCAAGGAUCUGAUUCCUACAUAUCCUAUGGGAUGUAAACGCGUUUUAUAUGACGCGAAUUAUUUGGCAGCUUUGCGCCGGCCUAAUUUAGCGCUAAAUUGGGACGGGAUAGAAGCCGUUACGGAGGGCGGUAUCAUAACAAAGAAAGGUGAAACGAUUCCUUUUGACGUGUUGAUUUUCGCCACCGGUUUCGCCACGGACCAAUACCCAAUCCCUGUCCGAGGAAAUAAAGGAACAACAAUAAGAGAGUACUACGAGGCAGAAAAGGGAGCGAAAGCGUACCUUGGGACAUCUAUACCUGGCUUCCCUAAUUUCUUCACGAUAUUGGGCCCCAAUACCGCAACGGGACACGCGUCGGUUAUCUACACCAGCGAAAUCCAGGCGAAAUACAUCACCCAACUCAUCAAACCCAUCCUCACCCAAACAGUCACGUCUCUCGAGGUCAAAGUCGACGCUACGGACGCCUACAACGAUAAGAUCCAAGCCAGACUAUCCCGAUCCGUCUUCCCGCAGUGUAAUUCGUGGUAUCGCGUUGGGGGCGAAGGGAAAAUUACGAAUAUAUUCCCUGGAGCGGCAGUGACCUUUUGGGCGUGGCUUCGCAAAGUCAAUUGGAACCACUACAUAGUUAAUAGGCAAUAA